AGGAAGCAGCAGCAGCAGAGAGAGAAGUACCGACCAGAUAACAACUCCGUUUGCACAGUGACCUCCACCCUGGCAGCUUCUGUGUCACAAACUGAAAAUGUUUUCUAUAGGUAUUGUGUCACCUAUGGCCAUUUAACUAAAGAUUUUUUUUUAAAUAACCCCUGAAGCUGCAGAUCCACAGUGAAAGUAAACAGAACUGCUGAUACAACCCUGAGCCACGAAUUUCCCCAGAGUAUUCAGUGUUGUUCCCUUUUUUAAAAAUGUGACCUCCCGAGCUGCUGAUUCCAUUUGGAGGCCAGUGAAAAGACAUCAUGCGGUGACGAGGGACUAAUCAGUGGAAGCAGCUGGCGUUUGAUUGGACUAAGAAGAAGCUGGUGUUUGGGGUUGAAGGAGGCAGAGAGGAAGGAGGAUGUUUUUCACACACACACACACACACACACACAGGGCUCUGAAACCAAAAUGUGUGAGUGAGAUGAAGAGUGAGAAGACGAGAGAGAGAGUCAGAGGGAUGAGUUGUACUCCUCCCACACCCCUCCGUGUCCAAUGUGAGUGGGAGGUGAAACAGUUGAGAGCUCACUGUGCUGUUAAACCGCCGUUAUUUAGUUUGCCUUAAUCUGGAGAGGAGACUUGUCAAGACUGCUCCCCAGCAGAAUUUCAUCCAGUUGGAACAACGAUGGCCUCUCAUGCGAAACUACGAAAGGAUAGAGUUGGUGUGGACUACGACACACAAAUCAAAGAGGUGCGAUGCCAGCUUACAGAUCAGCUGAAGAUGCUAGACUUGCAGCUCGAGCAGAAGAGCCAGCAGCUGCAGGACUUGACCGAUUAUCUGCGACGGCGGGGGGAGAUAGAGAGCGAGUACGCGCGCUCCCUGGAGAAACUUGCUGAAAAGUUUACAUCCAGAAUAAAGAGGAAGGAGCCCAGCAGUCAUUCGGUGUCAAAGGUCUGGUUGGCUCUGCUUUCUCAGACCCGCCAGGAAAGCAAAGACCAUAGUAGACUGAGCGAGAGCUGCAGUAACCUCCUAAUCCAGCCACUCACACACUGUCUGGAAUACACACAACGAUUUGCCAAGAAGAGUAAAGAGGUCUGUUUGCAGCUACAGGACGGUUUACUCAAGGUUACCACAGAGCUCCAAACUGCAUGGCGCACCUACUACCAGUACCACACAGAGUACGUAUCUGCAGAGGGGAAACUGAAGGACGCUGAGAAACAGGAGGAAAAGCAGAAACAGAGUGCGAAGAAGCUGGAAAGGUUGAUAGAAAAAAGACAGAAUAAGGUUCGGGAGACUCACCUGAAGUGCAGCAAAGCCCGAAACGACUACCUCAUCAACCUGACUGCUGCCAACGCCUCCAUGAAUAAGUACUACUUCCAAGACAUCUCUUCUCUCAUUGACUGUGCAGACGUGGGCUACCAUCUGUCGUUAGGCCGAGUGAUAAAGGCCUACCUGUCCAGACGGUGGAGGGCUCAGGAGAACCUGGGCACCGGGCUGCAGCAGCUGAAAGGAGCCGUGUCAGAACUGGACCAGAUCCAGGACCGAGAUACCUUCCUGCAGGACAACUACGCCACCUUCUCUAUGCCACUCCGCUUCACCUAUCAGCCCCACGAUGGAGACCAGGUCUGUGAGGUCAGUGCUGAGGGUGAGAUGGGAUGUGAGAUGGACAUCAGGCUCAAACAGAUACAGACCAGACUGAUGUCGGCGACACUGGAAACAGAGGAGGCCAAUAAGGGCAUGUUGGGGGCCCAGUCUUCUCUGCUGGAGAGCAUCAGUGACGAUGACCUGGAGCCCAGCAGCAGCGACAGCUCCUCUCAGGACGGCAGCACUGAAAACCUGACGGUGAGGCCCAGUGUGGUCAGCCGCAGGAACAACCAGCAGGACAUCGAAAACACCUAUUUCAUUAGAGUUAAAGACUACCUCGUCGCUAGUUCCUUUGUAUCUAAACUCCAGGCCAAACAUGACCUGCUCAAAACGGCUGUGGAAAAAGGUGGCUCUGCAAAUGCACAUCAUCCUAGACAGAAUAAAAACACGCUGCGCAGGAAGAAUUGCUCCAGGACCCAUUUGAUUCACAACCAGAAACUUUUCAACGGAGACAUGUUGUCCUUCAUACAGGCAUCUGGACAACAGAUUCCAAUUGUCGUGGAAAGCUGUAUCUGCUUCAUUAACCUGAACGGUCUCCACCAUGAGGGGAUAUUCCGAGUACCUGGGUCACAAGCGGAGGUCAACAACCUGAGAGAUGCUUUUGAGCAAGGAGAAGACCCUCUGGCUGAGCAGAACUACGACUUGGACUCUGUGGCUGGGGUCCUCAAGCUCUACUUCAGAAGUCUGGAGAAUCCCCUCUUCCCCAUUGACAGCACUAACCAACUCCUGGAGCAUGCUCAUAUCAAGAAUGAGGCAGAGAGAGCGGCUCAGCUCAAAACACUCAUUGCUUCAUAUCCAGAGCCCAUAAUCGUUGUCAUGAGAUACCUCUUUGCUUUCCUCCACCAUGUGUCACAGUACAGUGACGAGAACAUGAUGCAGCCUUACAACCUGGCUGUGUGUUUCGGUCCCAGCCUGGUCAGAGGAGCUGAAGGUGAUGACGAGGUGUCGCUGCAGCCUGUCAUCAACGCCGUGAUCAAGAGCAUCAUCCUGCAGCAUGAGAGCAUCUUCCCCAGUCAGAAUGAAGUUCAGGGACCGGUGUAUGAGAAAUGCAUGACACUAGAACUGGAUGACUGUGAGUCUAUUAUUGAGGGAGAGCUCGAACCAGAGAACAGUCAUAGUAAAGAUGAAAUGGAAACGUUGGCAUCAUCUGACACCAGCAGCGGACAGAAGAGGUAUGAGCGUCCCAGGACCAACAGCAGCAGCUCCGUAGAAAAGAACAGGUUAAGUGGACCAUUAGGGGGCGGUAUUGUCUCAGGAGGGAAAUUUAUGCUUCAGAUUCCUGUCGGGCAACAGUGUAAGAAGAGGGUCAACUCUCCAUUCAUGGCACAUAAACAUUACCAGGAGCACUCGUCUUCAGAGGAUAUUGGAGUUAAAGUAGACAAGGAGGUCUGUCGACAGAUGGAUUCGGUCUUCAAGGAGCUCCUCUCGCGUCAGGCCCUGCAGGAUCCUUCCUCCUCCUCCGCCGCCUCGUCUUCCUCUGGUCAAGCUGCCCAGAAGAAAGGGAAAAAAGAUGGACGUGGGGGGAGGACUGGGGGCUUUUUAAAGCAGUAGAUUCACUGGACUGAGGGGCAUUGGUAAACAACAUGAAAAGAAACAGGGGAGGAUAACAUUAAUGAACAGUGAAGUACGUGGUGUGACAGCAGCUUUUGGCACUUCUAUUUCUAGCAAACUGACAUAGCUGUCCUAUAGUCACUGGUGAGAGCCCGGCGAUUGGUCUGGGCUUCUUUCAACGAGUGGUCCCUCCUCAGGGGCUUCGGGGGCCUCCUCAUUAAUGGUUUUGUGUAGCUGAUCCCUGUUGUGACUGCAGAUCUCCAUAUCAUUGUGGAAACUGAUGAUUACUUGAAAUGCAAGCAAAUGUCGGUGUACAGUUAACUUCAUGAAUGUAUUCCUGCAUCGGUGUGUGUGUGUGUGUGUGUGUUGAUUGAACGUUUUGAGCAAAUGUUUUCCACUGAUGAGUUCCAGUUUAGUGCAUUCACACCUACAUGCAAUCACACAAACAUUCUUCAUCUGCUUUCCAAAAAUAAGAGUUUAAAACUGUGACUUCUGUAGCUGUGAGAAAUGUGUACAUAUUUAUUAGUAACAUAUUUGUCUGAAAAUUUGAAUUUAGGCUGAAUGCCAAAUAAAUAUUAAUUUUCUUCCAC